GGGGACUGGACCACUGUGACCUACUUCAUCAUCCUUGGCUUCUCAGCCUUCACAGAAGUCCGUCUUCCCAUUUUCCUCCUUUUCCUCUUCGUAUACUUGGCCACCCUGAUUGGUAAUGGAGUGGUUGUCUGUGUUGUGCGUUCAGAUCCUGCUCUGCACUCUCCCAUGUACUUCUUCUUGUGUAACUUGUCCAUCUUGGAGAUAGUCUACUCAUCUGUCACCAUGCCAAAAAUUCUUGCAAAUGUCCUAUCGAAAGACAAGAGAAUCUCAUUUCAAGGUUGUGCUAUUCAGUUGUUCCUAUUCAUAGCACUAGGAACCACUGAAUGUCUUCUUCUGGCCGUCAUGGCCUUUGACCGUUUCACUGCCAUAUGUAGACCUCUUUAUUAUAGUUUGGUCAUGAGUGCUCAGAACUGUUGCUGUCUUUCUGCUUUUUCCUGGUUGUUUGGAGUUCUAGUUUCCAUGGAACAGACCAUUUUUAUCUUUAGCCUGCCCUUCUGUGGGCCAAAUGUUAUUGACCACUUUUUUUGCGACAUACCUCCAGUCCUGAAGCUAGCAUGCUCAGAAACAUUCUUGAAUGAGAUUUCCAUCUUCAUCGUAUGUUUGAUUGUCCUUGUCAUGCCCUUCCUUCUCAUUCUAGGGUCCUACACUCAAAUCAUCUCAACUGUACUGAAAAUGACCUCUGUGGACAACCGUAGCAAAGCGUAUUCCACUUGUGUAUCUCACCUGACUUCCGUCACUCUUUUCUACGGCACAGCGUCUUUCAUGUACUUUCGGCCUAGAUCCUCGUAUUCUCUGGAGAUUGACCGUUUCUUGGCUCUCUUCUACAGUGCGGUGACUCCUAUGCUUAACCCUCUUAUCUACACAUUAAGGAACCAAGAAGCAAAGCUUUCAUUUGUUAGAGGUCUGAGACACCUUCACAUUUUAUGUAAUAAAUAA